AAGGAAUCAAAGGAUACACAAAAUAAUUCAACCAAAAAAAAAAAACCCAAAAAAAGGAGACAGAAUAUAUACAUUAUGAUAAAAAUUUUAAUAACCAUUAUAUAUAUAUCGCUACCCUUUUCUAAUAUUCACCUUUACUAUCUUUCUCUCCAACAAACCAGAAACAAGAAUUUACAUAACAAGAGCACGCACUCACACACUGAAAGCCAAUUCACCUCUUUUCUCUUCUUCUUCUUCUCUCUCUCUCUCUCUCUUCCUCCCUUUCUCUUUCUCUCUCUAUCAUUCUCAGUGUCGUCAUGGUUCCCGCCAUCGACCGCACACAAUAAAAACCCUAAUUGGAUUUUCCUCCAUCCCGUAAUCUUUUUUUUUUUAGCGUACACUUCACUCCAGGUAAAGCGUAAGGGUUACAAAUUUUAUGCUUUUUAUUAUUUGCGGUUUUUUGGCCAGUGAUUGUAAAAAUUGGUGUGGCUUUUGAUUUUUUCGGGUUUUGAUUUGAUCGGUGUUGGUGGGAUCUGGCAGGACAAAUUUUGAAGAAUCGGUUUUUUUUGAGGGCUCGAAUUUAUGUCCCAUAAUCAAUCAAGGGGUGAAAGGACCGAGUCUGCGCAAUACAGAAAAUCCGGGCGAUCGAAUCACCAUCGUAACUUCUCAGGCGGAGGCCAUAAAGGAAAUACCGGAACCGGCGGCGGCGCCACCGCCCCUCCUUCCAACACCAACAUCAACACUAAUAACAACCAACCCACUCUUUCCUCCAACCGAAGCUUUAAGAAACACCAUAAUGUGCAAGGAGGGCAACCCCGGACAGGUGCUCCCGCCGUGAAUCCUGAUUCUACUGCUCCAGCUCCUCGUGCUGUACAGAAUGGGUCUCAUCCAUCACAACAGCACUCUCAUGGAGCACAAAAUACACCAUCCACAGUUGCGGCUGUCAAACCCGCUGACGUGGUUACUCCAAAAGCCUCCCGAGCUCCAAGAGCACCAUCUUCUAAUGUUCCUUCUGCAAGUGGUGACUCCAAGAAUACACCAACUCCUGUAACUCCAUCUAAAGCUGAGGUACCUCCGUCAUACACUCUUCAAUUUGGGUCUAUCAGCCCGGGGUUCAUGAAUGGAAUGCAGAUACCUGCUCGAACAAGUUCAGCCCCGCCAAAUUUGGAUGAGCAGAAACGUGACCAGGCUCGUCGUGACUCGGUAAGAGUUCCUCCUCCUGCUAUACCAAGGCAACAGUUGCCGAAGAAAGACGCAGGUCCAGUUGAUCAACCUACUGCCAUUGAGGGAUAUCCUCCUGCCAAGCCUAAAAGGGAAGUACAAACUUCAGCGGCUCCCCCUGUGUCUCAACCACAGAAGCCAUCUGUGCUUCCUAUUCCUGGAGUGCCAAUUCAAGUGCCCUUUCAUCAGCAUCAGUUGCCUGUUCAAUUUGGGACCCCAAAUCCACAGAUUCAGUCUCAGGCGAUGUCAGCCACCUCAUUGCCAGUGCCGAUGGCAAUUCAUAUGCCCUUGCAAAUUGGCAAUCCGUCAGUGCAGCCACAGGUUUUCGUUCCAGGUCUCCAACCUCAUCAUAUGCAGCCACAGAGCAUCCUGCAUCAGAGUCAGUUUUCAUCUCAGAUGGGUCCUCAGGUCCCUGCACAGGUGGGUCCCCAUCAUAUGACUCCACAGUUUCCUCAGCAACAGGCUGGAAAGUUUGGUGGUCCUCGUAAAGCUGUGAAGAUUACUCAUCCGGACACACAUGAAGAGCUGAGGCUUGAUGGUUCUGCUUCAAGACCACAUUCUAGUCUGGCUCCUCAAUCGCAACCCAUUUCCUCAUUUCCGCCUGCUCAUCCCUCUACCUUUUAUCCUGGUUAUAAUGCUAAUCCUGUAUACUUCCCAGCUCCAAGUUCGCAUCCUUUGAGUAGUAGUACUCUCCCUCCAUCACAGCCCCCUAGAUACUAUGGUCAGGUGACAUUGAAACCCGCCGCUAGUUCUCACGGAGAGAAGGAUGCAAUAUCUUCAGUGAAUUCACCUCGUGCUCCGAAAGGAGAUCCACAGAAAUCUUUAAAGGCAUCUCAAAUGGAUGCUGAGACUUCAUUGCAGAGUUCUUUGCAACAGCCAAAGUCUGUUGUUGGCCCUACAUCUGUAACCGUGGCUGAGGCUACUAAGUCUGUGACACAACCAGGUUCUGAAUCUGGGCAGAGCCUGAUGCUGAAUUCAAUUGCUCCUGGUUCACCAAGUCCUGUCGAGACACCCUUGGGUGCAUCUUCCAUUGCUGGUAGGCUCGACUCCUCGCAAGACCAACAAGACAAGGUUGGUGAACAGUCUACUGCUGUUUCAGUUUUGCCUUCUCAGAAACCAGAUGGAGAAACUUCUGUUUCUUCUUCAACUAGUGUGGUCAUAAAAAAUCCCAGAGAGACGGGCUCUGUAGGUAUUGUAGCUGAACCUGGUGCGCUUGAUUUGAAACAGGUUUAUGCUGAGCAAGAGAUCAUGUCAGAGCCUUCAGAUAGAUUGGAUGCUCAAACUAUUGAAGAAAAUCGAGUGAAGACUGAGAUCUCUGGCAAAAACCAAGGGCAAGCAACUUUCUCUGAACAGUCCAAGAUUGUUGAAGAAGCUUUGAUGUCUAGCGCUUCAGAUUCUACUACCUUGUCCGCGGAGAAUGGUGAAGGAUCUUCCCCUCCAGGUAUUGGAAAUGCUGAAGCGUGCCCUCCGAAUGAGGGUAAAGCAUCUUCUUUAGGUGGAUUUGAGAGCACAGAUAUUGAGGAUAAUGUUAUUAGAAGUUCUUCUACCUCGAUUGAGGAGUCCAUGUCUGCUUUAGCUCCAUCUUCUGAUGAAAAUGUGGAACAUGACCAUAGUAUUGACGAGGAUAAUAAAACCCUUGCUGCUGCUGUGGCUGUCACUAAAGAUAAACUGGAGCAGAAUGUCACAAAAGGUAAUGCACCUAGAAGCAAGAAGAAGAGAAAAGAGUUGCUUAAGAAACUAGAUAGUAGUGGACCAACUUCUGAUCUAUACAUGGCAUAUAAGGGACCAGAGGAGAAGAAAGAAGGUGCUCUCACUGCAGAAACAGUGGAGAGCACCUCCAGCAAUAAUUUGGAGCAUCUAUCUUCUGAAGUCUCUCGUACAGAGAUCACCAAGGAUAAAGCAGUCCAGGGUAAAUUAGAGCCUGAUGACUGGGAAGAUGCUGCUGACAUAUCUACUCCAAAAUUGGAGACUCCUGAAAAUGAAGAACGGGAGGGUAAAAGUGCUGAAUUGAAUAGUGAAGUCAUGACCAAAAAGUAUUCUAGGGAUUUCUUAUUAAAAUUUGCAGAGCAAUUUACUGAACUGCCUGAGGGUUUUCAAGUAAUACCUGAGACAGCCGAAGCAUUUGUUGUUUCUAAUAUUGGCACUCCUCGUGACCCUUAUACUCCUGGAAGAAUAAUCGACAGGCGUGUAGAUCGCCGUCCAAGUAACAUAGGUGAAGAGGAUAAAUGGAACAAGCCUCUUAUGCCUGGGCGUGAUGGGCCUAAUGUGGUUACGUAUCGGCCUAGUCCAAUGCCUGUGUUGAGGUACCCACGACCUCUUGUGUAUCCAGGGGUCCUUCCUGGGCAAAACCCAGCUAUGGUGCCGCAGGUUGGUUUACCAAGGAACCCACCUGACGCUGAUAGGUGGCCACGUGCAUCACAUUUUCAGAAGGGUUUGAUUCCUACUCCACUACAGGUAAUGCACAAAGCAGAGAGGAAAUAUGAAAUUGGUAAAGUAACAGACGAGGAACAAGCCAAACAAAGGCAAUUGAAAGGAAUUUUGAACAAGCUUACUCCUCAGAACUUUGAAAAAUUGUUCGAGCAAGUUAAACAAGUAAAUAUUGACAACGCCAUCACCUUAACUGGUGUGAUUUCUCAAAUAUUUGACAAGGCUUUGAUGGAGCCGACGUUUUGUGAGAUGUAUGCCAACUUCUGUUCUCACCUUGCUGUGGGGUUACCUGAUUUAAGUGUGGAUAAUGAAAAAAUUACGUUUAAGAGAUUACUCUUGAACAAAUGUCAAGAAGAAUUUGAAAGGGGAGAAAGAGAGCAGGAGGAAGCUAACCAAGUUGAUGUGAAAGGUGAAGCCAAGCAGUCUGCGGAGGAAAGAGAGGAGAUGAGACUACGGGCACGGAGAAGAAUGUUGGGUAAUAUUAGGCUUAUCGGGGAAUUAUACAAGAAAAGAAUGUUGACGGAGAGAAUUAUGCAUGAAUGCAUAAAGAAAUUGUUGGGUCAGUAUCAGAAUCCUGAUGAGGAAGAUGUUGAAGCUUUGUGCAAAUUGAUGAGUACUAUUGGAGAAAUGAUUGAUCAUCCAAAAGCGAAAGAGCAUAUGGAUGUCUACUUUGAUAUGAUGGAGAAACUAUCAAAUAACAUGAAAUUGUCUUCACGGGUCAGGUUCAUGCUGAAAGAUGCCAUUGAUUUGAGAAAGAACAAGUGGCAGCAGAGGAGGAAAGUUGAAGGACCGAAAAAGAUUGAAGAGGUACACAGAGAUGCUGCUCAAGAGCGGCAGGCACAAACCAGGGGUCUGGCUCGUACUCCAAGUAUGGGUCCCUCUGUUAGAAGGAGCCAGCCUACUGAUUUUUCUCCCAGAGGGUCAAAUAUUUUAGCUUCCCCAAGCUCCCAGAUGGGCGGUUACCGGGCUGUGCCACCGCAGAUCCGGGGUUAUGGUGGUCAAGAUGUCAGGAUUGAGGAGAGACAUACUAUGGAUAAUAGAACUUUGUCUGUUCCCUUACCACAGAGACCGCUUGGUGAUGAUGCCCCAUUUUUGGGACCCCAAGGGGGUCUUGCACGAGGGAUGUCAUUUAGGGGGCAUUCUGCUUCUCCAGGAAUUCAGUUGCCUGAUAGUGGAGAGACUAGGAGACUUGGACCUGGGCUUAAUGGUUACAAUCCCGUUUCCGAACGAACUGCUCAUUCCUCAAGAGAGGAUCCAGUGCAAAGAUACAUGCCAGAGAGGUUUGUCGGGCCAUCUGCUUAUGAACAAUCAAGUGCACAAGAGUGGAGCAGUCCUUAUGGGAAUAGAGAUACUAGGAAUCCAGAUCGGGGUUUUGAUAGAUCUCUCCCCUUGUCUCCUCCUGCACAAAGUAUGGGUGCACUCACUCAAAACGCUGUUUCUGAAAAGGUGUGGCCUGAGGAACGGUUGAGGGAUAUGUCCAUGUCAACAAUUAAAGAGUUCUACAGUGCAAAAGAUGAAAAUGAAGUUGCUUUAUGUAUAAAGGAUUUGAAUAACCCUAGUUUCUACCCGUCAAUGAUUUCUCUUUGGGUCACGGAUUCUUUUGAGAGGAAGGACAAGGAGAGGGACCUCUUAACGAAGCUUCUCAUCACACUGACAAAAUAUCGAGAAGGCCUAAUAAGUCAAGAUCAACUCAUCAAAGGGUUUGACUCUGUACUGAUGACAUUGGAAGACGCAGUAAACGAUGCUCCAAAGGCGGCAGAAUUUCUUGGGCGCAUUUUUGCUGGAGUGAUCUUGGAGAGUGUUGUACCUCUUGGUGAGAUUGAACGAAUCAUACACGAAGGUGGAGAAGAGCGAGGGAGACUUGUAGAAAUAGGACUUGCAGCCGAAGUUUUGGGAACCACCUUGGAGGUAAUUGCAUCUGAAAGAGGGGAUUCUGGAUUGAAAGAGUUUCGGUCAGGCUCCAGUUUAAAGUUGGAAACAUUCAGGCCUCCAGGUUCCAACAAAUCAUGGAGAAUAGAUAAAUUUAUUUAGUGGACAGUGAUGCUCAAUUGUUUGGGUAGUAGAAGCCUUUGUCUUAGGUUUAGGUUACCUUCUUUGAGUUUGCAGAUAGAGAUAUAUAUUAUAUAUAUAAAUAUAUGUUCAUGUUUUUAUUGAGGGCUGAUGGGAAUGCCUGGGGAGGGGGUUGCCUGGCAUCUACUUUGUUACUAUUAUUUUCUAGAAAUUAACUUCAAUAUAUAAAUGAUGAUUGAGCAUACAAUUCUUGGCAACC